AUGGACAAACGAUCAAGCCAGUAUGCAAAUUCGCAUCUCCAGCAUCAAGUUGGCAGCGAAUUUCACAAAAGGGAUCUGCUGGAUGUGCUGGAAAGUGCUACGGAUAAGAACGGGUCACGACUGUCCAAACGCCGUGAUUAUCGCGCGGCACUGAGACCCGCUAAGCGCCAAAACACCAAAAACGUGGAAGAAGCCAUUGCUUACGCGAUCCGCUGGAAAGAACAGCUGCAAGGGAAGUCAGAUAUGCGCGCAUCACUUCCUGCUCCGGUACGACCGUCCCGGCCGUUGGGCCCAAUAUUUGGAAACAUCCGAGUGUCCGAUCGCAUGCGUCGAGGCAAAGCGGAAGAUCUUCUCGGCAAGAAAGACGUUACCGGACAAAACUGCCUGCCCAAUCUGGCGCUCCAGUCACCCUAUUUCGUCCAACCGCCAAAAUCACUGCAUUUGCCGCUUAGUGAGCCUGCUCCAUCCUCUUUUUUGGAUAAAAUACCGGAAAACGAUCAGCUCUCACGACCGCAGACAGACGAGGAGCGGUGA